AUGGGGCGCGUGUCUAUACCAAUUGUUCUUGCGGGCUUUGCUGGGUAUGCCUUUGCUAGCAUUCACCAUCAUGCACAUAACCAUCUUCAUCACCAUCGCCAUCGCAACUUGAUGCCACCCACCGAAGACUUGGAGCUGCAAAAUCUAGGUUGGGAUAAUGCGAAUAACACCCCAGAUGAUUUUGUGGUAGAAUCCAUUACGAUCACGACUACGACUACGGUUUUUGGAAAGUGCGCACCAACCAAUACUAUCCACAGCACCCUUACGCUUGUCAAGCAUAGUCCUGAACCUACGCCGUGGAGUCCUGAUCAUCACAUGCUCAUCAUCCCGCGUCCCGAGCCAUACCAAGAUCACUGGGAUCAACUACAGCCGGAGCCUAUUCGCCCUGCACUGACAAACAAAUGGCCCGCUCAACCUCAUUACACUCAUCCUGGGCCCUGGGCUCCCGGGCCAACACAGGCAGAGGAGACCACUACCGUGUCAAAGACACAGACAGUCACCAAAACCGCAACCAAUACUAUAACGGUCACCGUCCACCCAGGAGCCAGCCAUUUGCCACUUGCAAAGACACUCCCCGGGAAUCCCUCAGAAGCAGAAAAAGCCGUACCCCUUGCCGAAACUCUGCCCAACGGCUCUUUAGAAGAAGAAAAGGCUGUUCCAGCAAGGCGCCCUCCUCCCCCACCUCACAAAAACACCGGCGGAUCCCCCAAUGCCGGAUUCAAUCUACCUAACCUGCCAGUAGUCAACGAGAUCCUCCCAGGCCCAAAGUCACACAGACCCACUUCCUUGGACUGGACCGAAACACCACCGGCUGGACAAUUCUCAACAGCCGGAUUCGGAGGACGUACUUCGCCAAAAGCAAAAGGAGCGAAGAUACUUUACCAGGGCAAUGUCGGCAGACCAUGGGGAAGCAAUAUCAUCACUGUCAGUCAGGACGAGGCACAUGCAUAUAAAUACGUGGCGCAGUUCACGGGUGCAAACGACGAGCCCUGGACAGUGGUUGUGUGGAACAAGAUCGGUCCUGACGGCAAGAUGACUGGGUGGUACGGCCACUCUGCCCUGACAUUCACCAUUGCUCCCGGUGAUACUCACUAUGUUGCUUUCGAUGAGGACUCUGAGGGAGCCUGGGGCGCUGCGCCUGGUGAUCACCUACCUACGGAUCAAUAUGGUGGAUACUCAUGUACCUGGGGCGAGUUUACGUUCGGUGACGGGGAGAACAAUGGUUGGUCGGGGUGGGAUGUUUCGGCUAUUCAGGCACAGGUUGCCAAACAGCCUGUGCAGGGAAUGUCCAUUUGUCAGGCUGAUGGGAAAAAAUGCUCUAUCAUCACGGCCGGUGCUAAGAAGGUGACUGCUGCUUAUACUAAAUCGGUCAAGCACAUCGAUGGUAUUGGUGGUGAGGCGGUGGCUGGUCCUGUGCGGUUGAAAGUUAUUCUUGAUUAUCGGGGAUGA